AGGACAGAAAGAAAAAAAGUGGAGCAGAAAGAAAGACACACGUUUUUUAUUAUUUAGAGCGGAACAUAGAAGUGUCUGUUGCAGUUGCAGAGGGACAGUGGGACUGCAGUCCGGCAUAUAUUAGGGCUCGUGUGGGAACUACAUGUUCUAAUUAUGCUGGGGCAUUUAACAUCAAUAACAUCUGCUCGUUGUGUGAGAGACUUUUGCGCUGCUCUCAGUCAAACUAAGAGGUUUAUAAGCUUUCGGCCGGACGAAAGUCUUCGCAGAUUUAUUACACAGAACACGGAGACGGUCGGAGAGCAGAGUCUCACACCUGAAAUCAAACUCAGACUUUUUACCCCAAACUGCAGGUUUUGGCGAGAAAAGCCAGAACUCUGGCCUUUUGCUGACCCCUACUGGGCCAUAUACUGGCCUGGAGGACAGGCUCUGUCCAGGUAUGAUGUCAAAGAUCCAUUGUCCCAUCUGCUGAGGUUUCUUUUGGAUAAUCCUGGAGUCUGUCAAGGUAAAAAGGUCCUGGAUUUGGGAAGUGGCUGUGGGGCAUCAGCAAUCGCAGCCAAACUCUCAGGAGCUGCUCAUGUUGUUGCAAAUGACAUUGACACAGCAGUUGUGACCCACAUCAACAGUGAACUGAAUGGCCUGGAGCCACCCAUCUGUGUGACUGAAAACAUGAUUGAUUCAGAGCCAGAGGACUUUGACUUAAUCCUUCUGGGUGACAUGUUCUAUGACGAGGUCCUUGCCACAACACUUCAUAGCUGGUUGGAUCGCUGCAUCAAAGCCCACAACACUGAAGUCCUGAUUGGAGAUCCUGGAAGGGCCCAGCUUGAGGGACACGACAUCAGACGGCAUCUGAAUCAGCGAGCGAAGUUUGAGCUGCCCGCGUCGGUCAGGGAGGAAAAUUAUGGUCUGACCUGCUGCAGUGUCUGGUCCUAUCAUCCUGAACUCUGACAACAGAAGGAACACCUAUUGGUGCUUUUAAUAAAUCCCUUUAUGUGUACACAGUGUCUUAGGUUCGAUUACCAGGUUUCACUGGAUAUUUGUAUUGCACACUUACCAAUGACAGGAAAGUCUGGUAAAUAUCAUAUACACAUUUCACUAAUCAGAGAUUCUUCUAUAGUCCUGAUUUCAAAAAAGGGAAAAGUCUAAAUAUUAUAAAUGACCUACAACCGACUCAGGCUGAUUCCAGAAACAAGUCACAGUUGGGCAGUAAGGCAAUCGCUGUGGCAGUAUUCCCCAUUACUCUCCAUUGUUAAUCCAGGUGGCAGCAAAAUGCCUCUUAUUUUUGCAGUUAGCUGUUGUUUCACAAUUUGCACAGCUCACUUUAACAAUAUCAUCAUCAACUCUAAAACCCAUUUAUAUUAUCAAGAUAACAUUUAAUAUCAUAAAUCCCUUAUUUCUCCUUAUUUGUCACACAAUGGGGACAUUCACAGUGUGAGUCUUCCACAGCAACCAACACAAGCAGCCAUAGUCUGAAUAGCAUGUGAAGCUAUGUGUGACAACAUUUAAUAGCUUAGCUUGUGAGAAAAGUUGAUUAAUACAAUAACAUUUUCUUCACUAAUCUUCACUCUUUUAUGUCUGGAUGAAAUGACCUCCAAUCAGCUUCCACCACACUUGCAUAAAUUUAGAUUUCAACAAAGGAAUGCAAUUUUGUUUUAAACAAACAGAGUCAAGGUGGGAUAUUGUAAAACAGAAUCCAAUGAAAUUAGGUUUAAUCAUGACAUUCAAAAUUACAGUGGUAUUGUUACAGAGGAUAUGCCAAAUACUAUUUGGUCAACCUAAAAUCUAACUGUAAACACUGUACUUAAAGCAGAAAGUCAACAUUAUAACUUAAUUUUGAUUAAUCCCAACAGUCUAGGAAAUAUAAAGAGUACUUGGCUAGAGGUUUAAGGAUGGGAGUUUAGUGAGCAGUGGGAACCCGCCUCAACCCUGUCACAUUGACUUCUGUAAUCCCAUUGUCGUGGAAAAAUUCUUCUGUUCCACUGGUUCUUUAACUACAUAUCACUUUAGAAGGAAAUCUUAUCUGUAAUAAACUUCUUGAGUCGUGGAAAGGUUACAAAGUUUUAUUCUGCAGAGAAAAGAAAGCUGAGACGUCGUCGUUGAGCAGGUCCCUCGAAGAUCUUCUCUGGACACAUUUUGCAUAAGUUUUUAUACCCUUGAUGCGUCCUGUUUUCUACAGGUCCUGUUUUCUGCGAAUUAGACAUCUGGCAUGCAUACUUAGAAAUUUGCAGGUUUCGAUAGAAACAGAAUAUAUGUAAAUUUAGACAUUGAAGUAGAGCGCCCAUGAUAGAUUCGCAGAAGGCAGGACGUGCAGUCUCUUCUCUGAACAGCAC